UAAAAUAAUCACGCCCGUCAGUCAGACAUGUUGUUCUUGCUGUUCUACUGCGUAUAUAAAUAAUUUAAAAUUACGAUUUUCGACUACGAAAUUUCAAUUGUAAUCGGUAGUGUCAUUUGUUCCAUUUCGAACGUAUACUUUUUAAGUGGUAAACACGAAGAUUUGUUCACUAGUGAAAGAUCCUUUGACCAUUGCUACUCGUAUUUGGUUCAAGCUGGAAACAGGUCGAUAGUGUGUAGCAAAGUGUUCCUUGUCUGCACAGAAAUCCUUUACAGGUAUUUCCAUUUUGAUUCAACUAAAUCGCCUAAAGUAAGCCAACAGCCUGUGGAUGCGCUUAUACGAGGACCAGUCCCGAAAGGUCGUCGAUUCCUACGAAAAUAUGAGCGACGAUGAUAGGGAUAUCGACAUCGAUAGUGAUGAUGGAGAAGAUUCGGACAACACCAAAUCUCAGUCCCGAAAUUUGGCUGGUAAUCAGUUCUACUCGCAGGCUGAGAAACGUGCACAUCACAAUGCUCUAGAACGGAAAAGGCGAGACCACAUAAAGGACAGUUUUACUUCAUUGCGUGAUUCCGUGCCAUCAUUGCAGGGUGAAAAGGCCAGCAGAGCGCAAAUCCUAAAGAAAGCAGCUGAGUACAUCCAGUUCAUGCGGCGUAAAAACAAUUCACAUCAACAGGACAUUGACGAUUUGAAAAGGCAAAACAGUUUACUGGAAACUCAGAUUAGACAGUUGGAACAGGCACGCGCGACCGGGAAUUUCGGUGAUGGAAGUGAUUUGGGUCUUGGCCUGAACGAUAGCUCUCGGGAUUCAGAUUCGUCUGACAUCGAUGACGGAGCCAGCAACAAUGGAACGGGUGGUGGAAUCCAUCGCAACAAGAAGAUGAAGACAAAUUUGAACUAUUGAAUGGAAACCGUUAUUAAUUGGUUUUCGUAAACAUCUCAUAAUAUCGGUUAUACACAUUUGUAGGCUAGAACUUCUCGAGUAGCUCAAGCGCCGGGAGCACAUUUUCAGAAGUCAUUUCUGGAACACAUUCAUCGUGAAAGUAAGUGAUGAAUUUUCUUUCGUACGUCAUGGCAAUAAUACGUUUCGCGGUUUCAGGGAAAGAGAGAGAGAGGAAGAGUUUAUGGGAAGCUGAUAUUGGUGUGGUUAAAUCAGCUGCCACGCAAUGUAAAUGGAGAAUUUAGUGGUAUGAAAUUUUGUGCGAAAGUUAUAGUUUACAAAAUCCAACUGCUUUUUUCGUUUUGUAUUCACUUUACGUUUUACUUCACUGUUUAACCAUGCAUUGUAGCACAUAAAGCUGAAAUAUGAUGAUAACAGUUUGUAAUUUGGUAAAAGACAAUUUACCCAGAGCCGAUUUUAGAGAGUAAAUGUGAAAUAUAGCUUUAUGUUCUUUUUUCUUUUUUCAAAUUUA